CUUCUCUUAAAAAAAAAAAAAAUAAUAAAAAAAAUUGUUCUCUGAAACUUUCAGGGAAAGUUGCAGCCUUUUGGUUCAAAUCACUACUUUGCAGUAAAAAGAAGACAAGGGAGGUAACUGGGGAGGGGAAGAGAAUGAAAUCAUGGAUGGGUGGUGUUCUUUUUCAUUAGUUUGAGCCCCCCUCUACAGUAGUGUGUAGAUAAAUACAGUCCCUUUUUCUAUGUGGGGGGUGGUUCUUGGUACAAGGUAAGAUAAGUGUGUAGGAUUUUUAGUUGUUGCUGGGGCUCAUUAAGUCUCAUACCAAAAGGAUCUUCUUUUUGCAAGGUUGUUUCCAUCCAACUCACCUUUUGUGAUAUCUUUCCUUCUCUUUUUUUUUUUUUUUUUUUUUNGAGGAAUUAUUGAAGUAUUUAAGCUGUUUUUAUUAUCAUCAUCAUCAUCAUUAUUAUUAUUAUUACCCAUCUUGUUCUAUUUCUUUGCUCUUUCAAUCAAGUGGAAGUGUCCUUCUUAAGUUGGUUUAAUCUGAAACAUUUUCUGGAGAAAAGGAGGGAAAGUAGAAGGAAGUUUUUCACUUCUGAAGCAGAGAUUUUGAUGGUGAUUGAAACUUGCUGAAGUGUGUUUUCUACCCAGAAUCUUCAGCUAAAACCCUCAUCUCUCUUUUUUUUGAAAAAAAAAAGAAAAAAAAAUAUGUUCUUCUUCUCUGCAGUAGCUGCUCUUCUUGAGUUGUAGGACACUCUUUUAUCUCUGUAAAUUUCCAACAGUUUGUGCUCUAUUUCCAUGGAGUGGAGGAGCAAAAUCCCUAGAAAAACCCUAGCUUUGCAAACCCUCCUCAUUCUCCUCUUCUCCAUCUCUUGCUCCCUACAACCCACCUCCCCACAACCUCUCCAUUCGGAGCCCCUCUUCUCACAAACCUCAACUUCUCCUCCUCCUCCUCCUCCUCCUCCUCCUCCAUCCAAUAGCACUCCCCUAACCCCCACCACCAACACCAAUGCCCUCCACAUUCGCCGAAUCCUAUUCGGCGUCCUCUUCGGUUCGAUCACCGGCUUUGUCUGCGCCCUCAUCGUCCUCUUCCUCGUCCAUCUCUUCGUCUUGUAUGCGAACCGCACGCCGGUGCUCAAAGGCCCCGUCGUCUUCUCCCCGCAAAUCUCCCCCAAGCCCCUCAGAUUAGCCCUUUCCGGGGAAAUCCCGUCGACCCAAUUGCUCGGCUUGAGCUCAAAUGGGAAAUACUAUAAACUGGCCCUAGAUAACGAGCUCACUGUCGCGGUGAAGUGGCUCGAGCCCAAUUGCUUCCCGUUGCCAAAUUCUAAUUCUGAAAAGAGGAGAGUUCAGCAGAAGCUCGAAUGGCUCGCGAGGGUGAAACACCGGAAUGUGAUGAGCAUGCGAGCUUAUUUUCGCGAGAAAGAUCGGUUCUUGCUUGUUUAUGAUUAUAAUCCCAGUGGAAGUCUCGAGGAUUUGAUGAAGAAGGUGAGGUCUCAGCAAGUUAGUAUUGGAUGGGAUGAAAGGAAUCGAAUUGCGGCGGGAAUAGCAAAGGGAUUGAGGUAUCUGCACUUCGAAUGCAAUCCGAGGAUACUGCAUUGCAACCUGAAGCCGUCGAAUGUGAUGGUGGACGAAGGGUUCGAGCCGAGAUUGGGGGAUUGCGGAUUGAAGAGGCUCGUGAUGGCAGGUAAUUUUGAUGUCGCAGCCUCUGCACAUUAUGUUGCUCCGGAGUGCUAUCAGAGUACCAGGUACACAGAUAAGAGCGAUGUCUAUAGUUUUGGAAUGAUCCUAGCUGUCCUCCUCACGGGAAGAGACCCAUCUGAUCCCUUCUUCGUUGGGGAAUCCGGGAGGGGCGGCCUGGCACGGUGGUUGAGGCACUUGCAACAAGCAGGAGAGGUGAGAGAAGCACUAGAUAAGAGCAUUUUAGUAAAUGAGGGAGAAGAAGAUGAAAUGCUUAUGGCUAUUAGGAUUGCUCUUGUUUGCCUUUCCGAUUUGCCCGCUGAUCGGCCGUCUAGCGAUGAGCUCGUCGCAAUGCUCGCCCAGCUACAUAGCUUUUGACAAAAUACAUUUGAAGCCCUAACUUUUGAAGAUAGUAAUUCUAGUCCCUAUUUCCCUCAAAGCAGUUUUGUUGUUUUGCAUUGACUAGUAGUUGCUUUAGCACUAUGCGAAGUGCUUGUAUUUAACCAAUUCUGACAUUUCUAUGUACCACACUGUAACCCUUUGUAUUUAGAUUGAUGGCUUGAGUUUUGUGAUCUCUC